UAUCUGAAAAAACGUUAGUCCUCAAGCCAAGGAGACGAUGAGCGCUCUAAUGGCGUCCUGCUGCGUCUCCAGCCGUGUCAUCUCCUCCUCCUCCGGCGAUCUCCAUCGCAAUCGUAUCAAGAUCACUGGCAACAUCAACAACAGUUCCAGAUGUCUCGAGAGGCUUCUCCUCCGAGGCAUUGCCGGAGCUCUCUCGUGCGUCCUCUUUGCGUCUCCUCCUGCCGUCGCGGGCUCUUCGAGCGCAUUCUCGCCAUCCCCUCCACCCUCCGAGAUAUGUCGGGAAGACAAGGUUUUUCAGGAGGAGCCUCCGGAGUCGCUCACCAACGAAGGCCUUGUGGAGGAGGCUUGGGAGGUCGUCAAUGAGAGCUUUCUUGGAAACACUUCUUGGUCGCCCGAGAAAUGGCUGGAAAAGAAGAAAGACAUCCUCCAGGGGAACAUUCAGAAGAGAUCUAGAGCUCAUGAUAUUAUCAAAAAAAUGCUUGCUAGCCUAGGUGACCCCUACACGCGGUUCCUUGAUCCAUCAGAGUUCUCAAAGAUGGCAAGGUACGACAUGACAGGUAUUGGAAUAAAUCUGAGAGAGAUUCCAGAUGACGAUGGGUCUGUCAAGUUGAAAAUAUUGGGGGUCAUCUUAGACGGCCCUGCACAUUCUGCUGGUGUGAGACAGGGAGAUGAGCUUCUAUCUGUUAACGGGCUGGAUGUCAAGGGAAAAUCAGCUUUUGAUGUCUCCUCAAUGCUACAAGGCCCAAAGGAGACAUUUGUGACUAUUGAGGUUAAACAUGGAAAUUGUGGUCCCAUUCAAUCUAUUAGGGUGCAAAGGCAACUUGUUGCAAGAACACCGGUGUUUUAUCGCCUUGAAAAAGGAGAUGAUGGAAGUUCUUUAGUUGGUUACAUACACAUCAAGGAGUUCAAUGCAUUGGCAAGAAAAGAUCUGCUAACAGCUUUGAAACGUCUUCAAGAUUCCGGUGCCUCGUAUUAUGUCUUGGAUCUUAGAGAUAAUCUUGGUGGGCUAGUAGAGGCUGGGAUCGAGGUUGCCAAACUGUUCUUGGAUAAAGGAGAAACAGUCAUCUACACAGCUGGCAGGGAUCCUCAAGUCCAAAAAAGUAUUGUUGCAGAAACAGCACCACUGGUCACAGCUCCUGUCGUUGUCUUAGUUAACAACAGGACGGCAAGUGCAAGCGAAAUAGUGGCUACGGCGCUGCAUGACAAUUGCAAAGCUGUUCUUGUUGGAGAAAGAACUUUUGGCAAGGUCCAAUUGACAGGUUUAAUUCAAUCUGUUUUUGAGCUGCAUGAUGGAUCUGGUGUGGUAGUCACAAUUGGAAAAUAUGUUACUCCAAGUCACAGGGAUAUCAAUGGAAAUGGAAUACAACCUGAUUUUUCUCGCCUUCCAGAUCUGAGUAAAGUCAGAGAUUAUUUUUCACAUUGCCAAGUUUGAAGGAUGGGAUAGAUAUGAUUCCAAUGCUUUCUCGGCGUUAGCAUAUGCGCCUAUUAUUAUCUUCCAUCUAAGUUCUAAGGGCUCAUUGGUGUAUAAUGCAUGAAAGUCGGCAUCAGGUAUCCAAAAGAAGGUAUAUAGAUGACUGCUUUCCAAAGAACAAUGUCUUCACAUGCUGCGGCGGAUGAGUAAUGUCAACACCGAAGCUCCGAUGACUGAAUCAAAUAUAGAUAGAUUUGAUCUCUAGACAUCUAUAACUAAAGAAAUGCUGAUUAUUGUGUAUUUUGAUGCUUGCUGACUGCUUCCAGGAUCACUGCUCUCAUGGUUUAAUUAAUCAUUGAUCCAACUGCAUUAGUUAGUAUGCAUUUAUUUAGGAAAUGCACCUUUUACUAUUUAUGCAUUGUUUCGGUCAACUUAAGUUCGUCAGAGAUUCUGUCAUUUGUUAUGAAAUGUAUCAUGUUGUUUCUGGUGUCCUUAAUGCUAAA